AUCCAUAUUGAUUACUGCUCACUCUACCCACCAAAUUCCGCACACAAUCUAAAGUUCACAAGAACUCUAGAUUAACACUCAUUUUCACGUUUUCAAAAAGAAAUGAAAAAGUUUUUAAAUUUGUAACAAAGUCUAUUCACCCCCUCUAGACUUUGUAUCUCACCACUUUGAGACCACCAAUUGGUAUCGGAGCCAACUUCUCACUAUCUACGCUUAGAUUAACGAGAAGCGAUCAUAAUGGUGAACAAUAUGGAUCAUGGUUUGCCCAAGUUUUCUCUUCUAGGUUAUGAUGAUUGGAAGAUCAUGAUGGAAGCACAUCUCUACGCUCUACAUGAUUGCAUGUGGAUGGUGCUUGAGGAUGGACCCUUGAAAAUCCAAAUGGAGAAUCCUGAGAGGAAUCCAGAAGCUCCUGAUGUAGUCCUGUACAUUCCAAAGCCCAAAGAAAAAUGGGAUGAUAGAGAUUGCAAAAAGCACAAUCUGGACAACGUCGCCAAAGCAGCCAUCUUCAAGACACUUGAUCCCAUCACCUUCUCUAAGAUCAAGCAUCUCAAGACUGCCAUGGAGAUAUGGCAAGGUCUUGGGAAGCUAUGUGAGGGAUCAGAGGACUUGAGAAAGCAGAAGAUAGAGGUCCUGCUUGAGAAGUUCAAAAGCUUCAAAAUGCUUCCCGGAGAAUCAUUUGAUAUGUUGGACGAAAGAUUCCACAAAAUCUUGAAUGAUCUUGCAUCACUUAACCAUGUUCUUUCUCCCAAGGAAAAGAAUGUAAGGUUACUGAGAUCACUUCCAACCGAGUGGUACACCAAAGCCACAGCCAUGGAAGAAGGAAGAAACCUGGAAAACUACACUGUCCAAGGUCUCCUUGAUGAGCUCAGAACCUAUGAGCACGAGCUGAAGAAGAAGAAGGAAGAACAAGUCACUCCCUUCCCCACGGCAUUGAUGACAACUCCAAGAGUCCCAUCAAAGAACUACGAUGAGGAAUUUGCCAUGAUGGUCAAGCAAUUCCGGAAGUUCAAGAAGUUCUUCAAGAAGGUUGACUCAAUCAGAAGGCCAUCCAAGAGAAAGCCACAGGUAAGUGACUCUCCUCCUGAAUCCUAUUUGUGUUAUAACUGCAGGAAGCCUGGCCACUGGAAGUCAGCAUGCCCGUACCCAAAGGUGGAGAAGUACGGAGAAAGAGAGAGGAACGAGAAGAAAAAGAAGGCAAUGGUUGCUGCUGAAAGUGACAAGUCAUCCAGCUCAAGCUCGGAUGAAGAAGCCCUCGUUUGCAUGGAGCGCAGAGUUGAGAAGUCCAACCAUGAGGAUAGGUGGACUAUGUCAGAAGAUGACACUCUCUGCCUAAUGGCCAAAGAUGAUGCUAAUCAAGAGGUAACUUCACAAACCUCCUGCUCAUCUUCUUAUGAAAGCAUACCAACUUCUGAAAAUCUUUUUGACCAGUUCAAAAAGAUGAUGGAAGAUUUUGAGGAAAUAAAUCGCAAACAUUCAUCCUUAACAGAGGAGAACAAACUAUUGAGUGAAGAGAAUCUCAAGUUGACUGAAGGUCGGAAAAGUCAACUGGAUGAGAUCCCUCAACUCAAGACUGAAAAUGAAUCUCUCUCUGAAAGGGUGAAAUCCCUUAACAAGGAGCUAGGGAUACUUAAGUCCAAAGAAGCAGUGGAUAAGCUUCUUGAAACGACCAAACAUAAGGGUCGUGAAGGACUUGGGUUUGACCCCUCUAGUUCUAAAAAGAAAGGGAGAACAACUUUCAUCCCUCCUAAACCUACUGCCAAACCAAAUAAGCAGAAAGGAAAGGAAAAGGAGAAACCAACAGAAGUUCCCAAAAAGGUAGUCCCUCCUAAGAACUAUAGGAAGCUGGACAGACCUCAAAGAGGAAAUAAUUUCAGAAGAAAACCUACUAACCCCCACUAUACACGAGGCUAUACUCAUUAUGGGGUAGAUAGGAGUUUUCCAAGAAAUUCUGAGUGGAGAACUAUGCCAAGAUAUAGUCAUUCUCCACCCCAGAAACUAAUUGUGCCACCUAAGUAUGCUUAUAACCGUCACAGGUCACACUAUGCACAACCUAGACAAAACUAUAGGUCUUACCAACCUAGGUUUGCUAGGAGGAAACAGGAAAUUGCACCUCCUGCACGUAGGAAGUUUUAUGCCGACAACUAUGAUUACAAUCCCAACAAGUUUAGAGCUGCAAGGAAAAUUCCCUGCAACUUCAAACUUGAUGAAGCCGCUAAGUACCCAGGUGUCUGGUACUUAGACAAUGGUUGUUCAAGACACAUGACGGGUGAUGUGAGCCUUUUGAGCAAUCUAAUUCCCUAUGAUGGUCCAAGAGUUACUUUUGGAGGAAGCAAUGAUUUUGGCCUGACUAAAGGGCUAGGAAAUCUGGUGUACAAGGGACUAACCAUCCAAGCUUUAUCUUAUGUUGAAGGUCUCAAUUACAACCUUCUUAGCAUAAGUCAGUUUUGUGAUAAAGGUUACUCCUUGGAAUUCUGCAAGGGCAUGGCAUCUCUCAAGAACAUCUCCACAAAUGAAGUCAUUCUCACUGGGAAGAGAAUCAGAAACAUCUAUGAAGUGAUGUGGGACAAUGUCAAGGAAGCAUGUCUAAUCAGCAAAAGUGACACUAACCUAUGGCUUUGGCAUAAGAGGUUGAGUCAUCUCAACUUCAAAACUCUCAACAAGCUGUCCAAAGAAGGGUUAGUAGAAGGUCUUCCCAAAGAUGUAUUCAGGAAGGAAAGCAUUUGUGAUGCUUGCCAGAAAGGAAAGCAAGUCAAGUCUACUUUCAAGGCAAAACCGGCACCCUCAACUACAAGGAUAUUAAGUCUUAUUCACAUAGACUUAUUUGGCCCUGUUACACCAAUAAGUCUAAGUGGAAAAAAAUAUGUCCUGGUGGUAGUUGAUGAUUACUCAAGAUACACGUGGACAAUCUUCCUCAACAGCAAGAAGGAAACUCAAGGGAAACUCACUAACUGCAUGAAGCUGAUUCAAAACCAAGCAAGUCAGACCAUUCAGAAGAUCAGAUCUGACAAAGGCACAGAAUUCCUGAAUGAAAUCAUCAUUCACUACUACAAGGAUGAAGAAGUCAAUGAAGGAGAUAGAAUGAAGCCCACGGAGUUCAUUCCAUUCAGAAGUCUACCACUGAAGACUUCACAGAGAAAUCCGGAUUCAGACAGUGCUAAGCCUACCGUAAAUUUUGGCCAGCCUUCCAAUAUUCCGGAUCACUCAAAGGGAGACAAUUCCGGAAAUGGCGACCCAGUGCCAAUCCAUCCAGAAACACCAACAACUUCUGUUCUUCAACUAGAAGCUGAACUAGAUCAACUAGUCAAUCCCAAUCAACACAAUCUUCGUUGGUUAAGGGAUCCUCCUCCUCAACAGAUCAUUGGAGAUAUUCAAUCUGGCAAAUUGGAAGCCAAAUGCUCUUCACCGGCGUUCUAUCAAAGCUAUCUGGGGAUGAUAGCCGCUCAAGAACUCUCCGAAUUCCUUCAUAUGGAGAUCCACCUCAAAUAUGCAGAAGAAGUUCUUGAAUUCUACAGAAAUGGAGAGGUCAAGACUGUUCAUUCAAAGAAGGACCCACAGAGGACGAUUCAAGUCAUCAAGUCCAUUGUUGGAGGGACCAAAGUGAAGCUUUCGGAGAAGAAAUUGGGAGAAAAGCUUCACCUUCCCAACUCUGGAGCUGAAAUUGGGAGAUUUCCACAUCUGGGAAAGCCCAACCAGAAAUACCUUUGUCAAGGUCUGUACAUUGGACAUAUUUUGGAGUCUAUGGGUGCUGCAUCUAAAGGGAAGAAGUAUGGAGCCAGAUAUUGGCUAUACUACCUGUCUUCAAAAGGGGAAAACAGAGCAGGUGCUAGUGCUACUGCUGAGGAAAGUUCUUCAGACAAUGUCCCACUCAUCAAUUUGACGAAAAGUGCCAAAAGGAAGCAAGUGGUGUCUCCCUCUCUCAGUGUAGAAGCACCACAGAACCUUGCUCCAAUGAAUCUUGAAGAAGAAGAAGAAGUCUCUAUCCAAGGAGAACUUCAAAGGAAGAAGAAGAGGAAAAUUACCUCUCCCUCAACAUCUGGAAAUGUCAACCCGCAUGAGUUGAAGGAGAAGGAACCUGCUGAGGAAACCUCUGCCCACAACCAGAGCCCUCAACAACUGGAAGAAGAAGCUCAUCAAGUCCAUAGUCUUCCAACCCCCUCACCUCAACCCCAAACAGAUGAUGCUGAUAACCAAUUCUGGCAGCUCUACUAUGACUGGAGAGCUUGGAAGGUUGGAAAUUCAGCAGAGCAGUUGUUAGGUUGGGACCAACAACUGAAGAAUGAGAAGAUCAUCAAGAAGUGCUUAGGACUACCAGUCAACCACAGCUGUGAACAAAUCUUGGAUGAUGCCUGGGUAUGGCAAAGGAACUAUGAAGACUUGCAUCUGGAACACUUGGCCACCACACCAGUUUCAGAAUUUGAAGUGGAUGAUGAGGAUCCUGCAGUCUACAGGCCAGUCUUCUCAAAAGCCACAGAAGAUCAGGUGGUUCUCACUUCUGAAGCACAGGCUGACUUGGAAGCAACAGCUGAGGAUUUCCAAAUAUUUCCGGAAACCUCAUCUGCCUUUGAAACGGUUCUGCCUGAAGCUGUCCAAGAGAAAGCAGUCUCUACUCCACAAGAACAGAACCAGGAAGCAUCAGAUGAAGAACUUCAUCAACAUCUCCAGUCUCAAGUCCUUGAGAUUCUCAUAACUGCUUGUGAGAUCUCCAACCAGCCUGAACUUGAGAUCCCGGAGAAGUUAGGAGAAAUUCUGGAGCAGUCCACUUUUCCAGAAACAACUGAAGUCCAAGAGGAACAAGCUGUAGAAGCCCAAAGGAAUUCUACAGAAGCUGAAAAGGAAGAUCAAAUGGCAGAACUGGAGGCCUCUAAAACUCCAGUGGCUGUUUUUGAAAAGCAGAAUGAAGCUGAAGACUCCCUCUCUAGGGAUAUAUCAAAUUUUAUAUUUGAUGAAGCAGAAGGAGAGUCUGAGAGGACACUAAGGAUUGCUGAUGAAGAAGAUGCUCAAUCUCUUCCUAUGCAACUCUUCCAAAGAACAUCCUCUUCUCAUCAGGUAACCAACUUCCAUUUCCAUACCUCUUCCAUUCCUACACUUCCGGAUGAGGUACCGGAAAUCUGGACAAAGAAGGUCCAAGGGUUGAUUGAAUCAGCCCUAGCAUCUCAACAUGCCUCCUUUAGGCAAGAGAUAGAGCAGAUGGAAGUCAGUUAUCUUCAACUCAAGGAGGUUAACAAAAUCAAAGAGCAAAUAGCAAAUGUCACCGUCAGCCUACAGAAGCAAAUGUCUCUUCUCCAAAUGGACAUCAUAUCAGCUCUGGCAGUGUCUUCAGCAAAUCAGGUAGUAACCAAAGACUACUUGAAGGUGAUCAUUGAUAAUCAGAAGGAAGCAUUCAAACUGUUCAGACUUCUUAAUACAAAUUCUGGAAACCGCAAGAUGGAAGUGAUUCUUCAACAACACAGUCCAUCCUUGAUUCCAGAGCUCCCUAUUGCAGUCAAAGAAGGAGAAGUCUCUUAUAUUCCUUCGCACCUGAACAUGACUGACCUAAUCCUUGACGCUCAGAGAAGUAAUCCGAAGAACUCAACACAGCAUCUAUCCAGCUCAGGAUUGGAUGGAACAGAGGCUGUAGGAACAAUUGUUGCCCACUUCUCAAAUGAUAACCAAACAGAGGAGAGACGCAACAACAUAAGGCGCAUCAAAGAACUAUGUGGAAACAUGCAAGGCAUCAGAGAUUGCCAGAUCUUCAAAGCGCAAGAAGCACUGAAGGAUUUUUUCAUCAAACCAAGGGGAAAUGAUUUGGAAAUUGGAUAUCUUGAUCGGAAAUGUCAAAGACAAAGAUUAAAAAAGCACAAUCUGGACAACGUCGCCAAAGCAGCCAUCUUCAAGACACUUGAUCCCAUCACCUUCUCCAAAAUCAAGCAUCUAAAGACUGCCAUGGAGAUAUGGCAAGGUCUUGGGAAGCUAUGCGAGGGAUCAGAGGACUUGAGAAAGCAGAAGAUAGAAGUCCUGCUUGAGAAGUUCAAAAGCUUCAAAAUGCUUCCUGAAGAAUCAUUCGAUAUGUUGGAUGAAAGAUUCCACAAAAUCUUAAAUGAUCUUGCCUCACUUAACCACGUUCUUUCUCCCAAAGAAAAGAAUGUAAGGUUACUGAGAUCACUUCCAACAGAGUGGUACACCAAGGCCACAGCCAUGGAAGAAGGAAGAAACCUGGAGAACUACACUGUCCAAGGUCUCCUUGAUGAGCUUAGAACCUAUGAGCACAAGCUGAAGAAGAAGAAGGAAGAACAAGUCACUCCCUUCCCCACGGCACUGAUGACAACUCCCAGAGUCCCAACAAGUGAAGGGACAUGCCCAAGAAGCUGUGACACACCUUCCUCCAGCCAGCCGUCCAGCUCAAAAAUGGAGAACUACGAUGAGGAAUUUUCCAUGAUGGUCAAGCAAUUCCGAAAGUUCAAGAAUUUCUUCAAGAAAGCUGACUCAGUCAGAAGGCCAUCCAAGGGAAAGCCACAGGUAAGUGACUCUCCUCCUGAAUCUUAUUUGUGUUAUAAUUGCAGGAAGCCUGGCCACUGGAAGUCAGCAUGCCCGUACCCAAAAGUGGAGAAGUACGGAGAAAGAGAAAGGAACGAGAAGAAAAAGAAGGCAAUGGUUGCUGCUGAGAGUGACGAAUCAUCCAACUCAAGCUCGGAUGAAGAAGCCCUCGUCUGCAUGGAGCGCAGAGUUGAAAAGUCCAACCAUGAGGAUAGGUGGACUAUGUCAGAAGAUGACACUCUCUGCCUAAUGGCCAAAGAUGAUGCUGAUCAAGAGUUCAAAAAGAUGAUGGUAGAUUUUGAGGAAAUAAAUCUCAAACAUUCUUCCUUAACAGAGGAGAACAAACUAUUGAGUGAAGAGAAUCUCAUGUUGACUGAAGGUCGGAAAAGUCAACUGCAUGAGAUCACUGAACUUAAGACUGCAAAUGAAUCUCUCUCUGAAAAGGUGAAAUCCCUUAACAAAGAACUAGGGAUACUUAAGUCUAAGGAAGCAGUAGAUAAGCUUCUUGAAACGACCAACAAUAAGGGUCGUAAAGGACUUGGGUUUGAUCCCUCUAGUUCUAAAAGGAAAGGGAAAACAACUUUCAUCCCUCCUAAACCUACUGCUAAACCAAAUAAGCAGAAAGGAAAGGAAAAGGAGAAACCAACGGAAGUUCCCAAAAAGGACAUGGCAUCUCUCAAUAACAUCUCCACAAAUGAAGUCAUUCUCACUGGGAAGAGAAUCAGAAACAUCUAUGAAGUGAUGUGGGAUAAUGUCAAGGAAGCAUGUCUAAUCAGCAAAGGUGACACUAACCUUCUAUGGCUUUGGCAUAAGAGGUUGAGUCAUCUCAACUUCAAAACCCUCAACAAGCUGUCCAAAGAAGGGUUAGUAGAAGGUCUUCCCAAAACUGCUUUCAGAAAGGAAAGUAUUUGUGAUGCUUGCCAGAAAGGAAAGCAGAAGAAGUUGGGAGAAAAGCUUCAUCUUCCCAACUCUGGAGCAGAAAUUGGGAAACUUCCAGUCAAAAAUCUGGACUGGAAUGUUAUUGGAAUUUUUGGACAAAUUCCUUCUGGCCCAGCGAAGAAAGCAGAUCUGAACAACGACUACAAACUAGUCUUGGAACUGGUCAUCGCAUGCCUCGAGUGUGGAAGUGGAGGUCAUGCUGAUGACAUCACCCAGGAGAGAGCCUUCAUCAUCAACGCUCUCAUUACCAAAACAAAGGUAAACUGGGAUGCACACUUCUUCAAUUCCAUCUCAAAACAUUUGGGAAAGCCCAACCAGAAUUAUCUUUGUCAAGGUCUGUAUAUUGGACACAUUUUGGAGUCUAUGGGUGCUGCUUCUAAAGGAAAGAAGUAUGGAGAAAGAUACUGGUUAUACUAUCUGUCUUCAAAAGGAGAAAACAGAGCCAGUGCUAGUGCCACUGCAGAAGAGAGCUCAUCAGAUAAUGUCCUGCUCAUCCAUAUGGCAAAGACUGCUAAGAGAAAGCAAGUGGUGUCCCCCUCUCCAAGCAUUGAAGCACCACAGAACCUUGCCUUAGCAUGUUUGGAAGAAGAAGAAGAAGUCUCUGAUCAUGGAGAACUUCAAAGGAAGAAGAAGAGGAAAAUCAACUCUCCAUCAACAUCUGGAAAUGUCAAUCCGGAUGAGUUGAAGGAGAAGGAGCCUGCUGAGGAAACCUACACUCAAAACCGGAGCCCUCAACAACUUGAAGAAGAAAUUCCUCAAGUCCAAAGCCUUCCAACCUCAUCAUCUCAGCCUCAAACAAAUGAUGCUGAAAACAAAUUCUGGCAGCUCUACUAUCAUUGGAAAGCAUGGAAAGUUGGAAAUUCAGCAGAGCAACUGUUGGAUUGGGACCAACAAUUGAAGAAUGAGAAGAUUAUCAAGCAGUGCCUAGGAAUACCAGUCACUCACAACUGUGAACAAAUUUUGGAUGAUUUCUGGGUAUGGCAAAGAGACUCGGAAGAUCUGCAUAUGGAGUACCUGGCCACCACACCAUUUUCAGACUAUGAAGCAGAUGAUGAAGACACUGCAGUCUUCAAGCCAGUCUUCGCCAAAGCCACAGAAGAUCAAGUUGUUUUCACUUCUGAAGCACAGAGUGUUUUGGAAGCAGCAGCUGAAGGUUUCCAAACACUUCCGGAAACCUCACAUGCUUCUGAAAUGGCUCUGACAGAAGAUGUUCAGGAGAAGACAACCUCUCCCCCACAAGAACAAAACCAAGAAGAAGAAGCAGAAGAAGAAGAAUUUCAGCAACUGGUCCAAUCUCAAGUACUCGAGAUCCUCACAACUCCUUGUGAGAUCUCCAACCAGACACAACCUGAGAUUCCGGAAAAGUCAACAGAAAUUCCAGAAAAGUCAGCUAUUCCAAAAACAAUAGAGCAAGCUGUUGAAGUGCAAAGGCAUUCUGAAGAAGCUGAAAAGGAAACUCAAAUGGCAGAAGUGGAGGACUAUCAAACUCCAGCAGCCAUUGUUGAAGAACAUAAUGAAGCUGAAAAUAGUGACUCCCUCUCCAGAUACAUAUCAGAUUUUGCACUUGAUGAAGCAGAAGGAAUAUCUGAGAGGACACUGAAGGUCACUGAUGAAGAAGAUGAACAAGAUGAUGCUGAAUCUCUUCCUUUGCAACUCUUCCAAAGGACUCCAUCUUCUCAUCAGGAGCAAAUAGCAAGUGUCACAGUCAGUCUACAAAAGCAGAUGUCCCUUCUCCAAAUGGACAUCAGAUCAGCCCUAGCAGUAGCUUCAGCAAAUCAGGUAGUAAUCAAAGACUACUUGAAGGUGAUCAUUGACAAUCAGAAGGAAGCAUACAAGCUGUUCAGACUUCUUGGCGCAAACUCUGGGAACCGCAAGAUGGAAGUAAUUCUCCAACAACACAGCCCAUCUCCAAUACCCCAGUUCCCAAUUGCAGUCAACGAAGGAGUAGCCUCUUACAUCCCCUCUCAUCUGAACAUGACUAAUCUGAUUCUUGGGGCACAGCAAAGGAAUCCGGAAAGCUCAGCACAGCAUCUAUCCAGCUCAGGACUGGAUGGAACAGAAUUUAUAGGUGCAGUUGCUGACCACUUCUCAAAUGAUGCACAAGCAGAGGAAAGGCGUGAAAAUUUAAGGCGCAUCAAAGAACUCUGUGGAAACAUGCAAGGCAUCAGUGAGACUUUGUAUUUCACCACUUUGGGACCACCAGAUGGGACCCUUUCUUUCUGGACCUGGGGAAUGUUCCAAAGCAUAUGUGGACAAGGUCACUCCAAUACUAGUUGUUCCCACACCCACCAAUGGCGCGCUCAACAGCUACACGACAAUGUCACUCCAGUACCACCUGUUCCCACACCAGUUGCUGUCCCACAUCUGGACAAUGCCUCUCCAGUACUAGUUGUUCCCACUCCAGUUGCUGUCCCACCAUCAACAGCUCCCACAUCUGCACUUGCCACUUCAGCUCCCAUCCCAAUCCAUUCUCCUCAAGGUCCAGAAGCUGUAAACAAUAUGGCUUUGAUCCUAUGGAAAUCCUUGCCUAUUGAUGAGUCUAAAGUCUCACCACUCUUAUUACAAGAAGAAGAAUAUGAUAGUGAUGAUUCAGAUUCGAUGGGUAGAACUUCCCAUCGCUGUUUGGCAUGGUUCUGGAAGUUGGUUUGGCUAAGGGACUGCUUACCCAUCGAUGGGAAGAUCUUCCCAUCGCUGGAUGGAUGGUUAGCCAAAAACCCAAUGGUUCCUUUGGUAUCUUGUGAAAGUGUUGUGGGUCAAGAUGUGGAUGAGGAAAAAGGAAAUGUGAUUGAAGAUGGUGCGGAGGUUGAAUUGGAAUGUGGAAACCCCACAAUGCCAAAUGAUGUGGAAGAACCGAUGCGCGUUGAGGCUGUAGUUGGGGGGUCUGCUGGUUUGAACAAGGGUAGAAUGGGGCAGCGUGACCAUGAAGGCACGCAGAGAGUUAGCAUCGGUGACGAUGAUUUCGAUAGAAUAUUCACUAGCAGUAAUGUGGCCAGCGGGGAGCAGGGAGUGAGAGGUGUUCAUGAUUCUAUUGUGGCGUUCACUACGGGUUCGUAUUCAAACAGUGCGUGUGUGGAGAUUGAAAGACCUAAAAGGGUUCACAAGAAUCCUGAGAGAUAUACUCCCUCGAAGGUUGAGCAAAAUAAGAAGAAGCGCAAGAUUGAGCAGAUGGAGCAUGCUAGGGAACAUCUUAAAUGUGAUAGGGGGGCAGUGUGCUAUGGGCCAUUUUCCGAGGAUCCAAAGGAGAUGCCUGCAGAUGAAGAAAUAGAGAAGCAUGUUGAGAUAGCAAUGUAUUUUCUAGAAGUGAAAGGCAGACAGUACAAUCUCCUGCAGACGUACACGACAACGAGUCCUUAUUUCUUACAGGGGUUGAAUAACCACCAAGAAAUGGUAAAUGUUGGCAGGGCGAAGAAGGAGGAUGUCAUCAAUAAUCUGAACCUAACAAGCAAGGUUAAGGGAUUGGCGCGCGAAUAUGCUAGGCCAUGGUCUGAGUGUGAUUUCGUGUAUAUGCCCCUGAAUACCAGUGACCACUGGGUCUUACUUGUGCUAGAAGUGGAAGGAAGGACUAUACGGGUAUAUGAUUCAAAAGGAAGGAAAGGAAAGAUUUGCAAGGCAUUAAAUUCGUAUGUGCAAUGUAUUACAGAGUUGCUGCCGGUCCUCCUUGAUAUGUUGAAUGUGUACGACGAGCACUCAGAUGGGCCAAUGGGCAAACGAAAGUUCUGUACCGAGGCCGUUGAUGGUUGUCCGCAGCAAAAUGACGGGUGUAACUGUGGAAUGUUUAUGCUGAAGUUUGCGGAGUACCUGAUGAUGUACAGGGACAUCGGUGAGGUGCAUUCACGCGACAUGGAGGCGUAUCGGAUUAAAAUGACUACGGAGCUCAUGGUUUACAGUAAGGAGCGAAGAGAGAAGGCCAAAGAGAAAUAGACAUAUGUAUCCUUAAACUAUUUUUAGUCUAAGGCCAAUCAAUUUAAUAUUUGUCAACCCUUAAAUGAAUUCUAGUUUAACUAAUUAAACUAUAUUCCAGUAUACAGAGUACUCCUAAUAAUCCUUAAGCUAGGUC